AUGUACGGGCACUGGCUGAGUUUCCGGGCGAUAUGGAUCGGUCGCCCGCUGCAGUGGGCGACGGAUUUCUGCAUCUACCUCUUCCUCCUGCAAUCCGUCGACCGUCUCGUGCUUGCGUUGGGCGGCUUGUACCUUUUCCUCACCCGCUACCGCCCGCAACCCAAGGGCCGUUACGAAGCCGACGCGGCAGUGGAUCCCGAGCGCCCCGCAUCCGACGCUUUCCCCAUGGUUCUAGUCCAGAUUCCGAUGUGUAACGAGCGUGAGGUUUACGACCAGUCGAUCGCUGCCGCGUGUCAGCUUGACUGGCCGGCUAGCCGGUUCCUGGUGCAGGUUUUAGACGACAGCAGUGACGAGGAGACGGCGGAUAUGAUUCGCGCGGAGGUGGAAGCGUGGGCGGCGCGAGGUGCGCCGAUCGUGUACCGCCACAGGACGGAUCGCAAGGGUUACAAAGCGGGUAACCUGGCGAGCGCGAUGGCGUGCGACUACGUGCGAAAGUACGAGUUCGUCGCCAUUUUCGACGCAGAUUUCCAGCCGCGCCCGGAUUUCCUGCGACGGACCGUCCCGCAUUUCAAGGACCAGCCUGACGUGGCGCUCGUCCAGGCGCGCUGGAGCUUCGUCAACCGCGAGGAGAACCUCCUAACGCGGCUCCAGCACGUGAACCUGGCGUUCCACUUCGAGAUCGAGCAGCAGGUCAACGGCGCGUUUCUCGGCUUCUUCGGGUUCAACGGAACCGCGGGCGUGUGGCGAAUCGCCGCGCUGGAGGAUAGCGGCGGGUGGCUGGAUCGGACGACGGUGGAGGACAUGGAUCUCGCGGUGCGCGCGCAUCUUAAGGGGUGGCGCUUCGUGUUCCUGAACGACGUGGAGGUGCAGUGCGAGCUGCCGCAGUCGUACGAGGCGUACCGCAAGCAGCAGCACCGCUGGCACUCGGGCCCCAUGCACCUGUUCCGGCUGUGCCUCGGGGAUAUUCUCGCCGCUAAGAUCUCCCUGUGGAAAAAGUUUCACCUCAUCUUCCUCUUCUUCCUCCUCCGCAAGAUGAUCCUGCCCUUCUACUCCUUCCUUCUCUUCUGCGUGCUCCUACCACUCACCAUCUUCGUACCGGAAGCCGCGCUGCCGCUCUGGGUCGUCUGCUACGUUCCCGGGGUCAUGUCUCUGCUCAACGUGCUGCCGUCGCCGCGAUCGCUCCCCUUCACCAUCCCGUAUCUGCUCUUCGAGAAUACCAUGUCGGUUACUAAGUUCCACGCCAUGGUCGCGGGGCUCUUCCAGCUCAAGAGCGCGCACGAGUGGGUCGUCACCAAGAAGACCGGCGGCGCGCGCGCGCUGGGAGCGAAUGCGGGAGGGAAUUCAGGAGGAAACGCGGGGAGCGCGGAAGGGAACGAGCAUCCUGCACCAGUGGCGACAGCAGCUGGUACUGACGCUGGUGAUUCCGGUGCUGCAGCCGCCGCCGCUGCCACUGCUGGCAUUGCUGAUGCAGCUGCUGGUGUGGGUGCUGCUAACGCAACACCAGUGAAUGGCAAACCAGCGACCACUCCGAAGCGAUCAGUUCUGGGAGCUCUAUCCAGCAACGUUCUCGCAAGAGACACCGUUAUCUCGGACCAAACUCCACGUAAAGCCAAGACCUCUCCUAAUGAUGACUCUAACAACAACCACAGCCACAGCCACAGUUACAACUACAAUUACAGUAGCACAACCACUCCGCUGCUCCGCCCCACACCUCCUCCCUCCCACCAACUGAACUCCUGGCGAACAAUGCCCAACCCCACAGCACCGCACACAGCUCUUGCUGUCGCCCCUGUUGCUGCUGAUGCUGCUGGAAAGGAUUCUAAUUUUCAAAGUGAAGCAGCUUCAGCAGCAGCAGUGGUACCGAAAGCCAAGGUGACCCGCAGGAUCUACCCCAAGGAGCUGGCGCUAGCAGCGCUGCUGGUGACAGCAGCAGCUCGCAGCCUGCUGUCAGCGCACGGGCUGCACUUCUACUUCUUGCUCUUCCAAGGGCUUGCCUUCCUCAUUGUCGGCCUCGACGUGCUCUCCGACCCGUGA